UCGUGCCUGCCGACUGACUCGCCUCUCCCUUACAGCACUCCCAUCCACCGUAAAGACGAGCUUUUUGCGGAAGGAGAACGCUUCUAUAUAUACAUGCUAUAGCUGGAGAAUAGACGCAGCUGUGUUCUUUCUGCAUCUUCUCCUGUGCUUUCCUCUCGUCGUUGAAUGAAAGAGGGAGGCUGUGAGAGAGAGCGAGAGAGAGGGGAGAGACGGUGCAGGUUCUGGAGUGGUCUGUCAAUGUGAUUAGGUAAACGUCGUUGAAGCGCAUGCAUUCAUUUGUAUUUCUUUACAGACAGGAGAAGUGGACCUGUGUCUUCUGCACUGCAACGGUCGGUUCCAACUGAGCCAUCCAGACUUUGGUGCCUUUACAGGAAAAGUGCUAACUUUCUACGUUUAAAAAAUUACUAAAAAGAUCGGAUUGCAUUUUUUCCUUCAAACAUUUUUGAGGUGAUGUCAUCGCGCUCUGUUUUGGCUGGUAUUGUGCCGGAGCUCAGGGAGGACCGCAGCCAGGCAACCAGCGGUUGAAACGGUCGGGGAAGUCCGAGAAAUCAGGUGCAGAGAGCGCCUGUCAUUUCCGUGCUGUCGCGGGUGGCUGGGUCCGCCACCCAGUCACAGCUGUUCCCAUCGUCUCCAACUCCCCCUCCCUCCACCCCUACCUCUAUCUCCCUCCCCUCCUCCCUUUCAUUCAACUCUCUCCAUCUCCAUCUGAGCUGGACCGUUACGGGCUAACAUCCACAUGAUUUGACACUGUUGUUCGGUGUCCCCGGGGCCAGAGACUUCGUGACCCAUCGUGGGGUCGCAGCCAUGACCGAGCCCGCCCUGCAGCACCCGGCGCCCGCAGAGGCCCCUUCUUCACGCCGCACUCGCCUCCAACCCGUCCAGGUACCCCGCCUCCCGCAGCGCCUGGCAUUGCCUCGCAGGGACUAGAGACCUUGGACGUGCUCCAGCCUGCGUCCAGACAAACACUCCUCCUUUACCAUCCCUCAUUCUGCGUCUCAUCUCUUCAAAUUCGUCUCUAAUGUGGACUUCUCUCAGAAUAAAGUUAUUGACCUAGUAUAAACUUUAUUGUCGCACUAAAACACCAAUACGAACGUGGAUUACGCAUGAGAUUACCGGGAGAAAACAUCGUCAAUAAAUCACAUUGGAGUGAUUUUGACUGACAUUAAUUUCAUUAUUGAUACGUAGCAGGUGAGUCGAUUGGAGUUUAGCCUCUAUGAGUCGUGAACGCGCUUUCACCUGUUCCUCUCCAGCCCGGAGGUGCGCAACUGUUUGAUGACCUAACCUCCCCCCGCGCCCCGCCCCUCCCCGUUGCACCGGCCACCGUGACAGCCAAGAGAGGUAGCCCUCCAGUCACAGUGGCACGGCCACCCCCCGCCCCACAACCUGCCCUGCCCGCGCCCUCACACCCACGCCGCCGAUGCCAACGGGAGUGUCCGCUGACUCUUUGACCCUCCACUCCGUCCAGCGGAUUAUAAAAACACAAGUGAACUCUCCGGACUGUCGGACCGGCUCUGACCGAGCGAGGCGAUUGACUCUGGGCGAAGUUCCCUAGUGGAGGGGGGAAGCGAUGCGGUCCCUUCUCUCCACGCUGGCUGUCUUAUGCAUCCAGAUGUUGCUGGUGAUGUGCAAUCCAUUGCAGCAGGUGUUUGGCGUGGAUGGGGUUAACUUCAGCGUGCACGUGGAGAACCAGACCCGGGUGAGAGAUGCUAUGAGCCGGCGGCACCACCGGGUCUACCAGCUCUACAGCCGCACCAGCGGCAAACACGUCCAGGUGCUGGGGAGACGCAUCAGUGCCCGCGGAGAGGACGGAGACAAAUAUGCCCAGCUUGUAGUGGAGGCCGACACCUUUGGUAGCCAGGUGAGAAUCCGUGGCAAAGAAACCAACUUCUACCUGUGCAUGAACCGCCGUGGCAAGCUGGUGGGAAAGAAGGCCAGUAAUAAAAGUGAAGACUGCGUGUUCGUGGAGAAGGUUCUAGAGAACCACUACACCGCGUUGAUGUCAUCACGCUACGCAGGCUGGUACGUUGGCUUCACCAAGCGGGGGCGACCUCGCUGCGGCCCCCACACGCUGCCCAACCAGCAGGACGUCCACUUCAUGAAGCGCUUCCCGCCCGGGGAGUACCCUGAAACCACUCCCUUCCGCUUCACAACGGUCAACAAGAGGAGCAAGAGGGUCCGUGCCACCGGGCCCCGCUAGCAGCUAACGCUAAUGGCUACCCUCCAUCCACUGCCCAUUGCCACCUGUACCUGCUUAUUCAGUAAUCGCUAACGGGAUAACAUUGACCCUUCCUCUGGACUUUAAUACAUGCUAAUUGGCUAACCUGAAGCUAAUCGAUAAUGGGAUAACAUUGACCCUUCCUCUGGAGUUUAAUACAUACUAAUUGGCUAACCUGAAGCUAAUCGAUAAUGGGAUAACAUUGACCCUUCCUCUGGACUUUAAUACAUGCUAAUUGGCUAACCUGAAGCUAAUCGAUAAUGGGAUAACAUUGACCCUUCUUCUGGACUUUAAUACAUGCGAAUUGGCUAACCUGAAGCUAAUCGAUAAUGGGAUAACAUUGACCCUUCCUCUGGACUUUAACACAUGCUAAUUGGCUAACCUGAAGCUAGUGGGCCAGUGAUACACCCAGAUAGUGAGCCAGUGAUACACCCAGAUUCCUGACCCCACCUAACGCUUCCCACUACUGGGAUAACAUGUACCCUCCUCUGGACCCUGAUUGGUAGGUUUACUAACUGUACUAGUGCCACAGUACAUCCACUAACUCGACACUUGGCCCUGCUAAGCCGUCACUGCCCUAGGCUCCACGAUCUCUGUCCAUUGACUGAAGGCCACUAGCUUGUAGCCCUGCUAUCACAACUAGCCCAUCAACCUGGCCCACUCCCCUGCCAGGCCCAGACACUAUGACAAGGCCUGUGAAAGCUAGCUAAACGGAUGACCAGGCUUUCCAACCUGUGUAGGCCUCGUUUCCCUCCAACCUCCAAGCUUGAACAUAAUGGUGCUAUUGCACUGUCACUGGCCAGUUAAUCACUAGUUUAGAACGGACAAACAAAAAAAGGGUCACUUUGCUGGUUUAUCAAGCAGCCAUGCUUUAAGGUAAACACUAUGGCUCUGCUAAACAAGAAUGAGUUCAGUGUGUUCUCGAAACUGCGGGUUUAAACUCUUUCUGAGGGCUAAAACCUAGCUACACCGUGAUAGACCCAACCUUACUCACAGGCUUGGACCAGUUCAGCUAUCUGACGCUGUCCAGGACUCACUGGAUGAUACCCACUUAAUGGACCAAAAGACAGACAGGAGAGACAGACAGGUGGACAGACUGAAAGUCUAUGAGACAGUGGCGUCAUGAGAGAAACUGUGGAGCAACCGGUGGACAAACAGCGCGAGGAACACAGGAAGCCAGUGGAGUGGUGAUCAAGCCACAGUACGGGACUAGACAGAAUGGCACUGUGGAGAAAUGGAUGGACUGCUUUGACACACUUCUCUCUGUCUCACCCCCCUUGGGUGAGAAGAAUCUGUGAGACUUGGGGUGAAUGAAUGUGAAUGUAUGUACAGUAUGUGAGUGUGAGGGCACCAAAGACCAUUUUGGGGGGGGGGGGGAAUCUAGAAAGGGACUAGAUGCCUAAAUGAUCCCCAAGGCAACCUCCCCCGGCAACUCACUGAAGUGACGGAAGCUUUAAGAACUGGAAUGUACAAACCGAGCUGAACCAAAAAACAAACCAAAUCUAAUGACCACCAAAGACAACUGGAGACCAGCGCCAUGACACCUCCCCAAUUCCCACUGCCAGGACAGAAUGCCCUCUUCUUAUAGGAUCAGAGGGUGAUGACGGGCGCGUGGGGGAAGGGUGCCUUCUCUUCAUAUAUGCGUUGCUAUAGAAACGACCCGGGGGAUGACGCUCCUGUGCGAUACCAUGGAUACAGAAUGCUGCUACCAGGACAUUCAGUGGAACACCAAAGUCUUAUACACAAAAUAUAAAGGGAACAAUUUAUUAAAAGUUAUAUAAAGAUGACCAAAAAAAAACGAAAUAAGCGAUCUUUUUAUGAUUGUUACUAUAAUUGUUGAUAUUAUUAUAAUAAAAUUAUUUCUUUUAUUUAUUUCA